CCUCUAACUCUGGAACCCCAGAACACAGUGGUCUCCUGGUGUGGAAAGCUGCGCUCAUACCAGGACCAAGACUAGAACAAAGGAUAAAUGAAGGGAAGAAACAACCUCAGGAAUGCUGGUGCCAGGGCAUGAGUUUCCUGGAGCUGAUCCUGAAGGAAAUGGGAAGCCACUAAAAAUGAGGCAGUGGGGGAGGGGCAAAUUAACAGCAGGUUGGCAGGAAGGGUGGCAUGGUCGAAUUUAAUUGAAAGAGACUGAGAGGCCUGCUAGUCCUCUGGAGUUCGUGCCAAAUGUGAUGAUUUAGCAAGACGGGAGACGACUGUACACUGCCAGGAAGUGUCUCGGCGGCGGCAGCAGCUGUGUCCAUCCUCUGGACAAACUCGACAAUAGACCCAUCUUGAACAUCCUCGCCAUCUUGAAAAUCCCCUGACCCUGCCAGAAUGUCGUUUCACAGUUAAUUCUGUUUCAUCUUCCCGGUGUUUCUAAGGAGAAGCUAAUGGGCAUUGCCGCUCCCACGCACAUGACGGCGCUCCCCUCCAACCAGAACCAGCCAGCGCCCGGCCAGCGAUCUUGGUUUCUGCCGCGGCACCGCGGCGACGCUUCCCAUAGUGCCUCAAGGCACGCGCAGGCUCCUGGGAGUUGUGGUCCGGCGACGCGCAGCAUUGCAGCGGCUGCUACGGGCUCGACGCCGGCUUUGUCUGUCUGCGGGCGCGCGCCGCUGCGGUACUCCAGCCCAGCCCAUGGAAGCAUCAUACGAAGAGGCGGUGACCAAAGUCAUCGAGCAGGAGCGGACAUGUUUGGGUUUCCGACAGCCACUCUGCUGGACUGUCAUGGAAGAUACGCGCAGAAUGUAGCAUUUUUCAGCUUUCUCUGUACCCCUGGCUAUUCUGGAACUCACUUUGUAGACCAGGCUGACCCUGAACUCACAGAGACCUGCCUGCCCCUACCUCCUGAGCACUGGACCCAAAGAUGUAAACCACCACCACCUGGCCUAUGUGAUGACAGAAGCCCACAAGUAUGAUUCUUCAGAGGCCACAGGAUCCUCAAGCUGGGAUUUCCAGAGUUCUUUCAGAAGAGAGAAGCUGGAACAAAAGUCCCCAGAUUCUAAGGCACUCCAGGAAGACUCACCUGGAGUGAGACAGAAGGUCUAUGAUUGCCAGGAGUGUGGGAAGUCUUUCCGUCAGAAAGGUAGUCUAACAUUGCACGAGAGAAUCCACACUGGUCAGAAGCCCUUUGAGUGCACCCAGUGUGGAAAAAGCUUCAGGGCCAAAGGCAAUCUAGUCACACAUCAGCGAAUACACACGGGAGAGAAGCCCUAUCAGUGCAAAGAGUGUGGGAAAAGCUUUAGUCAGCGAGGCAGUCUAGCUGUCCAUGAGAGACUCCACACUGGACAGAAACCCUACGAAUGUGCCAUUUGCCAGAGAAGCUUCAGGAAUCAGAGUAACCUUGCUGUUCACCGAAGAGUCCACAGUGGUGAGAAGCCCUAUAGAUGUGACCAGUGUGGAAAAGCUUUCAGUCAGAAAGGAAGCUUAAUUGUUCACAUCAGAGUUCACACGGGUCUGAAGCCCUAUGCGUGUUCCCACUGCAGGAAGAGCUUCCACACCAGGGGGAAUUGUAUUCUGCAUGGAAAAAUCCACACGGGAGAGACACCCUACCUCUGUGGCCAAUGUGGAAAAAGUUUCACUCAGAGAGGGAGCCUGGCUGUGCACCAACGAAGCUGCUCACAACGGCUCACUCUGUAAGCACUCUCUUCAAAGGCAGUUCUUCUUACAAAUUAAGAGUACAGAAUCCUCUGUAAUCAAGAAUUUUAUCCAGUGUCGUAGGGUAAGUGGAAGUUCUUUCAGAAGGACCAGCAUUUAAUAGGGCAGACUGACUUUUCUCCCUUUCCCCCAAAUGAAUAUGAAAAAUAAAUGUCCUGUUUAUCAUUA